GGCAUCUCCUUUAAAGCAGCUCCUCCUGCUAGACUUCGAUCGGAUGGACGUACCCAUCAUUACUCUAAACAUGCACCUUUGCGGUGCUUGUCAGUCUCUCCGACCUCAUCUAAGGCGAUACAGCAAUGAGUACGAAACAGUUCGGGAUGAUUUCGUUGUCCAUCAGUGGCACUGGUUGGAUAUGAUGCGGUCCUUGGACGAGGGAUGCUUUAUCUGCUCGCUAAUGUGGACUAAUUUGACGUUCGGGAACGACCUUGAAGACCUCGAACUUCUGCGUCCUGCAUCAUACUGCAUCGCGGGCGUGAAUGAGGAAAGUCCCGACCGAUUGGCAAAUGCUUGGAUUAGAUUCUAUUCUGAAUUUCACCCUAAGCAGAGGCACGGAAUGGAGCUCCUGAAAGAACUCAGGUGCUUCUCACUAUCGUCCGACGCACGCCUUCGGUUCCAACUUGAGGUUGAGAAGCAGGCUUCCACUGUACAAGCACUCCAUACAGCACGAGAGUGGCUUCGGAAAUGUACCUCGACGCACGAGAGGUGUAACUACACCUCCGAUAAACACUUCUAUCCAACCAGACUCCUCGACCUAAACUCUGGGAAGCCUGAUCCGCGGCUUCUUGUCACUCAAGAUCAUGCCCUUUCGGAGCCAUAUGCCACUCUGAGUCACUGCUGGGGAACGAAGCCGGUCUUGCGACUCCUUAUGGGAAACAUAGGCGGCUUCAAAGAUAGCAUCCCACGACUAUCGCUUCCAAGAACCUUUCAGGACGCCGUGGAUACCUCAUUGAAGCUAGGUUUCCGUUACCUCUGGAUAGACUCUCUUUGCAUCGUUCAGGACUCGCCUGAGGACUGGAGCUACGAGGCAGCCCAGAUGGAGAAAGUGUAUCGAAAUUCCUCGCUAAACCUAUCGGCUGCAGGGGCUUCCAAUAGUACAGAAGGCUUGUACUUCGUGCGGGAUCCAAAAAGAGUAGGCCCUCCGCCAGAGUGUCCAUCGUUCCGGAAUUUUGAUUGGAGGAAUGAUCGCACCGGCGAUCAAGACCCCACAUGGCACAUGAUCGACGAGGCAUUCUGGGAGCGGAUAUGCCUUAGGUCACCACUAUUUUCCCGGGCAUGGGUAUUUCAAGAGAGGCUCCUGGCGAAGAGAGUGCUACAUUUCGGAAAGGAGCAACUAUUUUGGGAAUGCCGCACCGACGAUUGUUGCGAGACGUUUCCGGAUGGACUCCCCAACACUGUAAAAGACACGACUUUUCUUGUCUCGAAGUUCGCCUAUGAUCAAUUUCAUGGACGCCUAUUCUCCAAAGCGGCUCUAGCCGGGAGGCUCCAAAAAGUACGCAACCAUGAUAUGAAGGCCAAAAUUGAACUUUUUUGGCAGAACAUGGUCACGGACUACACCGAAUGCAAGCUAUCACACAUGGGUGAUAAACUUAUCGCGCUUGCUGGCUUGGCGAAAGACUUUUCGGGCCUGAUCCACGCAGAAGUCGGACCGGACUCAGAUUACCUAGCUGGAACGUGGAGCACCCAUCUUCCUCAUGCAUUGCUCUGGAGAUGCGAAACCAUAGGCUCUCGUCCACCCUACCGUGCCCCGUCCUGGUCUUGGGCUGCACCUGAGGGUAUGAUAACAUGGGAUAACAAUAGAUGGAACCAAGCAUUCACAUACACCGCACGUAUUCUCCACGCCGAAGUCGAACCCGUUGAUCACGGCAAUUACUUCAGCCAAGUGAAGGGGGGAUUCAUAAGGAUUCGAGGUCCAGUUUGGAAACUGAUAUGGAGCGGCAAUCCCCACCGAUGGGUAGUAUACGCAACACCAAUCCAUGAAGACUCUGAUGGGACCUCUGAUGCACAGGUCAAAGAGUCCGAUCUGGAUAUGAACGCGGUAAUGCAGUGGUUCCCAGAUGAGCGUUACGACGUGCACACUGAAGACUGGAGCGAACUUUACGGCAUGCGCAUCGUACGUUACGAGGAUCCAUCGAUCGAGACCCAUUGCAUGCUUAUCCUCAUCCCCGAUCCAGAUGGAAAGCCAAAUGCAUAUCGUCGCGUGGGAAUAGGGUUCUCGGGACCGGGACUUGAAAAUAGUUGUUGGUCAGACUCGAAGGGCGUUGAGACGGAGAUCUUUAUUCUAUAGGGGAGAAUUGCCAUGUGUGUCAUGCGACCUUGUCCAGUUGUCGGCUAGUGAUAGAGCAUGGUAUGAUUGCGUGGUGGCUGGCCGUGCGGACCUAUAGUCUCUAGGAUCUUUCUUUUGUGUAGCGUAGCCGUUUGCCUUGGCUUUAGUCUCGCGUUUGUACUCUAUUAGGCUACGUUGGGCCCCUGCUCAGGUGGGAAUCCAAUAAAAAAGCAACCAUAUGGCUGACAUGGCCU